AUGGCCGGCGAUAUCAUAGAUAGGAGAAUUGAAGGCAGCUCAUCCUCAAAAUCAAUAAGUUCCGAAAAGAAACCAGUCUCAUCGUAUAAAACCUAUGAGAACUUCAAUACUCCUCCUCCGAGUUCCAACUCUUUACCUGAGGGUAGUGGACAAAAUACUGCUGGUGCUAUCGGCCGGCAUGAAGUUCCAGGAUUAUCUGAAGCGCUAAGCACAGUGCGCCUUCAAGAUUUCAAGCAGGUUCACAUGUACCCAUGCGUUAAAGAUAGUUUACUGUUGGGAAUUGGCGGAGCUUUUGGAAUAGGAGGAAUUAGGGCAAUAUUUGGAGCACCGAUCCCAAAAGCUGCAAACUGGGCUGUGGGUACAUUUGCCAUUACAGCUAUCGCAUAUCACGAGUUCUGCCAGGCUAGACGAACGAUAGAGAAAACACAGAUCAAAAAAAUUGUUGAGGUCAUGGAUAUAAAGAAAGCUGAGAAAGAAGCUGCUUUGGAAGCAAAGAGGCAAGAGAGGAGGAAAUUGAAAGAGGAGGAAAAUACAAGACAAUCAGCUCAAAUGUGGAAAUGGAAGUUCUGGUCAUAG